AUGCUGCUCGCAAAUUCAGCAAACGUCUCGUCAUGCUUGUCGUCACUCCUUACGCUGACGUGGUACCAUGCCCUGGCCGUUCUCCUGGUACUGGUGGCCGUGUUGGCAAGUCACCUGCAAAGACGUCGCGACGAGGCCGGCGAUGGCAGAGCUGAUGCCCUCACGGCCAUGGAAGAGGGGCAGGCUGAUGCUGCAUUGCAGGAGGUGGAAUGCUACCCAGCGUUGCCAACGGCGCAGGUGGCUGUAGGGCCGCCACCUGGCCUGUCGCUGCCGCAGGAACCAGUUGCCCAGCUGCCGGAGGUGCAGCCGGGCCUUCCAGUGCUGCUAGGCGCUCCAGCGGCUUUCCCCCUGCCACCUGGCCUUGCGGAGGCGGGUUUGGACCUGCCGCUUGCCCGUUGUGCGCACGAGCCAGAUAUUGAGGCGCCGGCCAGCCCUUCGCCUCUGCCACAGGUGGAGCUGGGGGUUCCUCCGGGCCUAUUUGUGCCGGCGGCCUUCGGUCCGCCACCUGGCCUCACAGAGGUGUGUCUGGGGCCGCCGCCUGGCUUGUGCCGGCCGCAGCAGGAAGCUUGCGAGGCUGAGCCACCGCAAGGCCCCGAGGACGUAUGGCAGCCAACGUCGCCAAUCAUCCGGCAUCCAGGAGAGUCCACGUUACCCAUCAAGCUCCAUCACGAAGAGGACUGGAACUUCGUGGAGCGCGAGGGCUAUGGCGCCUGGAAGGGCAUCACCCUUCAGGCCAAGGAUUUGUUUGAUUGGAGAAGGCCAUCAAUGUUGACGGCCGGCUUUGUCGCGUUCCACGACUUUCAUUGGGCGAGCAGGGAAGAAGGCUGGAACGUACCAACAGCUUCGUUUCCCCCAUCUACAUACACCUCUUGGGAAAAGUGCAGGCGGGGAGGGUGUCUCCAUGAGGGAUUCGCCCGCGGAUUCUUCGCCGGCCUCGUCAGAUUCGUCAGGAACGUCCCCAGCUCAGAUCCCGAAAGUGAAGCAACGCAGAGUAGAUUGGAAUAA